GCCUUCUGAAACAAUAAGGCACUGAAGUCUAGACACCCGAGUUCGAUACUCGCCAGGUUGUUUACCGCCUGACCCUUAUUCAAUCGCUUUUAUAAUUGGCACAUGAAUAUGGGCAUAUUGCGUGUAUGCUAGUGCCGUUAAUUUAAAAAACUGUCUGCCUGGUGAUUGAAUCGUGUCGGUAGUACGGGUCCAGCAGCCGUGGACAAUGAGUGCACGCGCGAAGCGAACCGAGACGCGCGCUCCGCCACCAAUGCGCGAGCGUCCGUUUUUAAAAAGCACUCAUUAGCUGGUGCACCGUAACUACGCUGCGGUUGUACCCGACGCAACGUGUGUGCAAUACGGGGCAUUAGAAAGUGUAAUGAAUAUCGUGGUGCGAUGCUGUCAGUGAGCAAGCCGGCAUCGUUAGUCCAGCAGAAGAAGCAGCAGUGGGCGCGGGAGAGAGAGGAAAUGUCUCACCUCUACCUGCCUUGGGGCACCGGUGAACGGUAUACGAAUCGUUUGCAAGUUCGGAAUCAAUUUGCGAGUACAUUGGAACUACACAAGCAGUCUUCGUAUGAGUACCAGGAGCCUGUGCAGCGUCAAAGGAGUCCUAGCUUGCCGCCGAUACACAACAUCGAAGAGAGAUCCGCGAAGGAUGACAGAAGGAACAAUGUUCUUAACCGAAACAUGACGAGUGCGAAGAGGUUCUCAUUUUACGAUGAAGACGGAGAAGGAGACACCUCGGGUUACGGCAGUGAGACCCUGAACCACAUGAACAGGAGCGGGCACAGGGCUAUCCACGAAGCCAACAACUGCAGCCCCGUAGUGGCGUGGCAGCAGGAAGGGAAAGACGACAGGAACAGGGAAUCCAGUGGCGCUAAGUCACGCUUGUCGGAUGGGGCGUGGUCAGCCCGCAGCCCGCGAACAUCGGAAGAAGGCCGGUUGCGAUGGGGGGACCGGGGCGUCGCCACCGGCCGCCUUUGGGAACCCACCGCUCCUAACGCUAGGCUGCCCCAGAUGCCGAACCAGAAGAAAGGCACGCCAUCAUGGGUAGAACGUGGCCUUAAUAUGAUAGAUAACACAGCUGAGGUUCUAGUCAUAGACCAAAGAAGUUCGAGCAACAGUACCGGGGUAGACUGCGACAGAUCGUCGUGCAACGGGAGUGAUGAAGGAAGAACAUUUUUAAGGGGACAAAAUGUCCCGAUAGAGCCUGAGAUUAAAGCUCAGAGAGAGAACAAACGUAUGAAGGCAUUAGAAUUGCAAUCAGCUAUACUAAAUCAGUUAGAAGACAGAGAAAAACGACGACAAGAGGAGAGGGAGCGCCAAUUAAGAGAAGAAAGGCUUGAAGAGCUACGCAUACAGAGACAGCAAGAAGAGGACAGGCAACGACUGGAAGUUGAGAGAAGAAAACAAGAGGAGAAACAAAUGAUGGAACAGAAAAAAUUAGAUACACUAAAAAGAGCUUUGGAGGACGCCGAAAGAAAAGCCAAGCAAGAUAAAGAAAAGAGGUUUAGUUUACACAAAAGAAACCCUACUACGAAUGUUGAUAAUGUUCCUAAGCCGAAAGCAGAAGAACCGCAAAUACCUGAAACAACGCCACGUGUAGAACCUACAAGCCCUACAAAAACCAGCAGAACAUAUGAUAUACAUUCUGCGAAAAGUCAGAAAAGGGAAUGCCAUUCUCACCAAACAACAGAAUUCAACUCUCCAAGAUCAGUAGGUCCCGGAAAUCUCAAUCUCUUUAUUCAUAGUGUACCCCCAUUAGCUUUAGCAGAUGGGCAAUUUAACAUAGUGCCGAUUGGUCUUAACAGUACUAAUGAAGUUAUCAAUACGCAGCCAAACAAUAUACAACUUGCAGUAUUAGUUCCUCAAAAUGUGGCCAAUAACUUGUACAGUGUAUCAUUGAACUCUCUCAACAAUACAAAUGAAAUAGCUGACAUUGGGAAAUUAUUAACACCGAAUAAAUAUCGCACAUUAAGAAUGAAAGAUGCGGCAACGCAAACUGACUCAAUAUUCAAAUCAUUUACUGACAAAAUCAUAGAAACUGAUGAACCCGAAAGAAACAUAGAUAAAGAUUAUCCCAAUAUUGAUGAAAAUGCGCCACAAGAUAGUCACCAUAAUACACUGAAAAAAGACAGACGUUUCCGAUCCGAAGAAAGGUUCAAGAAAGAUUUAGAAAAUCGGCCGAAGUGGGGAGUUAAUAGACCAGCAGCUCAAUAUAAGAAACAAAGUGAGAAAGAUCCAUUUUACAGUCAGAAGCGUAAGAUGCGCCAAAAAUAUAGACCUCAAGCAAGACAAUAUUUAUCUCAUUCUAGUGAUGACAGCCGUUCUCCAAGCCCACCGGCUAGAUCUGAAAAAAUAAUCGAGAAUGGUAAUAAACAUCGCAACUCAUUAAGUCAAUCAUAUUGGAGAAGUAAAAGGUCAAGUCAAGAUAUAUCAAAAUCUGUUUCUGAAAACACAAACAGUUUUACAGAUUUUAAUCCCUUGAGUCAACUAACGGUUAAUGAAAAUACUGAAAACAAAAAGUCGCCUAAAACGUCUCCCAUGAAAAGGAUGACGCUAUCACAAAAGUUUAUCAAUGAUAAAUACGGAAACAGGAAAUUAUGGAUCGAUGACGUAAACGAAAGAAAUGGCAAAUCAAAUAUGUUUGACGUCGAAAACAGAAAGAAAAUUAUAGACCAAAUAAAUACUGCCAAACGAGAACUUUUUGAUAAACAUGAAGAACAAGAAAGUUUUGUAAAGACCAAAUUUUAGAUUAAGAUUUUUCC